AUGUCGCAGCUCGAGGAGACCUACUCCAAGACGGACGUCGAGAAGCAGGGCCAGCAGACGGUCCUGUUCACCAACGAGACCAACGGCGCUCAGGAGCUCCACCGCGGCCUCAAGGGCCGUCAUGUCCAGAUGAUUUCCAUCGGCGGCGUUAUCGGCACGGGCUUGUUCCUCGGUACUGCUGGCGCGCUGCGUCACGGUGGUCCCGGCGGUCUUCUCAUCGGUUACGCCGCCAUCGGCGCCCUCUGCUACGCCGUCAUGGUCUCGCUCGGCGAGAUGAUUGCGCACCUUCCUGUCGCCGGCGGCCACAUCACGCUCGCUCGCCGCUUCGUCUCGCCCGGCCUCGGCUUCGCGAUGGGCUGGAACUACUGGUACAACUGGACCAUCGUCCUUCCCGCCGAGCUCAACGCCGCCGCCGUCCUCAUCAGCUACUGGGACAAGUCGACCAACGCCGGCGUCUGGAUCGCCGUCUGCCUCGUCGUCGCGUGCGCCAUCAACUUCGGCGGCUCGAGGGCUUACGGCGAGGCCGAGUUCUGGUUCGCCAUCAUCAAGGUCCUCACGAUCAUCGGCUUGAUCAUACUCGGUAUCGUCUUGGACGUGGGAGGCGGCCCUAAUGGCGAGUACAUCGGCACCAAGUACUGGCGCUCGCCCGGAGCCUUCGUGCAGUACCUCGGCAUCGAGGGUGCGACGGGCCGCUUCUUGGGCGUCUGGGCCGUCCUCAUCCAGGCCUCGUUCUCGUACAUCGGCACUGAGAUCGUUGCCAUCGCUGCCGGCGAGACCAAGGACCCGCGCAAAACGCUCCCGAGGGCGAUCAAGAACGUCUACAUUCGCAUCCUGCUCUUCUACAUCCUCGGUGUCUUCAUCACGGGCCUCCUCGUCCCCUCGGACGACCCUCGCCUCAACCUCGGCACCGGCACCGCCGUCUCGGCUCCCUUCGUCAUCGCCAUCCAGAACGCGGGCAUCAAGGCGCUCCCGAGCAUCAUCAACGCCUGUCUGCUCACCUCGGCGUGGUCGGCCGCGUCGUCGGACCUCUACACCUCGUCGCGCGCGCUCUACGGUCUCGCCCUCAACGGUCAGGCGCCGGCCAUCCUCAAGAAGACGAACCGCUGGGGCUUGCCCUGGGUCGCCGUCCUCGUCGGCGUCGCCUUCUCCCUCCUGUCGUUCAUGUCGGUCGGCUCGACUUCUGCCGGCACGGUCUUCGGCUACUUCGCCAACAUGACCUCGGUCUGCGGUCUCCUCACGUGGUCCGGCAUCGCGUUCACCUACAUCCACUUCCACCGCGGCCUCAAGGCCCAGGGCAUCGACCGCAAGCUCCUCCCGUACCGCGCGCCCCUCCAGCCGUUCCUCGCCUACUUCGCCUUCAUCUUCUCGUGCAUCAUCCUGCUCUUCCAGGGUUUUGCCGUCUUCAUCAAGGGCCAGUGGGACACGUCCGUCUUCAUCACGUCGUACUUCCCGAUUGCCUUCUUCCCCAUCCUCUACGGCUUCUACCGGUUCAUCUGGCGCCGUCAGGAGCGUGGCCCGGCGCCGCACGAGAUGGACUUUGUCUCGGGCUCGCGCGACGAGCAGGCCUUCUCCGAGGGCGAGCCGGAGCCGACUGCCGAGCCCAAGUCGAUGGGCCGCAAGGUCCUCGCCUACGUCCUCUAGAGCGUCGUCGUCG